AUGAUCGCUUCUCUCAGUUUAUUGGGCGUACUUGCCAUACUGGUCGCUAUAUACCGCAAAUACUCGAAGGUAUCAUUGGAUGACGUUCCGGGACCUCAGCCAGAGUCGUUCCUCUUAGGUAACAUGCGCGAGCUGUUGCAAAGCGGGGCUAGCGAAGCCGACUUCAGAUGGCAGAGACAAUUUGGAGGAGUUGUCAAAUUCAAGGGACCGCUCGGGGAAAACAGACUGAUGAUAUCAGAUCCCAAAGCGCUUCAGUAUCUGACCCAUAGCUCGGUAUAUCACUAUACGAAGUCGAACGGGUUCCGCAAGGCCAUUGGUCGGAUUCUCAAUGGUAUGGGUCUUGUGGCCGCCGAGGGCGACGUGCACAGGAGGCAGAGGAAGGUCAUGCUCCCUGCUUUUGGCGGUCCGGAGUCCAAAGCACUCUUCCCUGUAUUCAAGUCCAUAUCCGAAGACCUUGUCUCCCGCUGGCAAGAACUCAUCGACUCCAGUGAAAUGGGAUCGACAGUCGUCAACGCACCACGUUGGCUCAGCCGGGCAACGUUGGACGCUAUUGGAGAAGCCGCGUUCGAUUACAAGUUCGGCGCCUUGAGCGAGGAAGACUCGGAGCUGAAGAGGGCUUACAAUAACAUAGUCUUGACGCUGUUCGGUCUCCCCUCUACCCCGCGCAUUGUCAUCGAAGCCAUUUCGGAAUGGCUACCCACAAAGCCGCUCGUAUGGCUCUUCCAGAAGCUGCCCUUCCGUCGUUUUGCCCGUCUGCGCGAGGCAAGCCGGGCCUCUGUCCGCACCGCAGCCAGGCUGGUCGAAGAGAAAGGACAGGCUUUGCUAGAGGGUAAGGGAAAUAAGGACGUGAUGAGUCUUCUAGUCAAAGCGAAUGCCUCGGAGAACUACAAGGCGAGGUUGACCGAUGAGGAACUCUACGCAGAAAUGCGCAUCAUCCUCUUCGCGGGACAUGAAACGACAUCCAACUCCCUAACCUGGAUGCUUUGGGAGCUCGCGAAGAACCCCAAGAUCCAGACGCGCCUGCGGGAUGAAAUAAGGGCUACUGAGGCUGCCAUCCGGGCUCGCGGAGCCACCGAAUUCUCCCUGGCCGAUAUCGAGAGCAUGCACUACCUGCAGGCGUUCUUGAAGGAGGGACUGCGUUUUCACCCAGCUGCAAACAACAUGUUUCGCGUGGCGAUCCAAGAUGACGUCGUACCUCUGUCAAAGCCUCUGCAUCUCAAGUCUGGUAAGGUGGUCGGGGAGCUGGCAAUCCCGGAAGGUACCAGCAUAGUACUCUCUGUGGCUGCGUACAACAGGGACAAGGGCUUGUGGGGCGAGGACGCGGAUGUCUUCAAUCCGGAAAGGUGGCUCGAUGGCGAGGGCAAGCACAAGAAAGACAUCUCUGUCGGCGUCGUCGGAAAUCUGAUGACCUUCUCUUCGGGAGUUCGUUCGUGCAUUGGCUGGCGCUUCGCUAUGACGGAGAUGCAGACGUUCCUCGUUGAUUUGGUUAACAACUUCGAAAUCGCGAUCGCUUACCCGGAGAAGACCGUACGGCGGGAGGGUUCCGGGCUGGUCUUCCCGGUCGUAACUGGCGAGGAGGCUGAGGGGGUGCAGCUGCCCUUGAGGGUUUCGGUUGCGGCUAGGGAGUAGCCGUGCCAUAUCUACGUCUGUCUGCUCGGUAGGACCUGGACCUGUGUUAGUCGUAGUAGUUUGAUCAAUCCCAACCUGUAACGUAUAUGAUC